AUGACACAAUCAGACCUUCAACAAAUUUAUUCACAUAUUAUAUCACAAGAGAAAUCAUUAACAUUUCGUCAAAUGAUUUUUUCAUUGGCGAGAGAAAUUUAUGGGUCAAGUGAUUCGAUUAAUAAAAUAUUAACUUCUAAUUCAGAGAUUCUGGGUGAUGAUUUCAAUAUAAUUAUUCAGGACCCUUCUCAAAAAAUAUAUAAUUCUUCCACAUCGACGAAUGAUCAUAUUAAUCAAGACGUGCUGAAUGUAUACGAAGGAGACGUUGUAAUGCACAAUACCCAAGAAAAUAAUAUAGGGCAUAAAGAUCUUAAUUAUGCGUCAAACCACAAUAGUAAUAUUGAACUUACGUCUGAAUAUACUAUAUUUCGUGAUAAUAUAUUAGAAGCUCAACAUCUAGAACAGCCACCACUUUUAGGUCCCAUCAUAGACCUUGGGCCAACAUAUGUUAAUGGAGAGAAACCUUUGGAAAAUUUACGACCUGAAGAACCUGAUGAAAUAAUAAUUCAACGAAGACCUUUGAUAUCUGAAUCUCAAAACUUUGUUUCACCUACUGAUGAAGAGAAUAAAGGUUCAUCAGGUUCUCAAGCACAGCCGCGACAAUCAAGCAAUUUGGCAUCAGAUGUUCAAUCACAAGAACGUAAUGAUUCUCACUAUUUCAAAAAAGAGGAUGAAAAUUCUCUUGGAACUUUUUUGAAUCAAGAAUAUCAGAGAGAAAAGACCAUUGAUAUAGUUAAAAAUGAAGUGAGUGCAUCAGAUAAUUUGGACGUUUUAUAUAAAUUUCCGGAUGCAUCUAUUUCUAGUGAGUCGAAUAGUAUUGGGACUAAGGAAUAUCCAAUAAUUGAUUGGAAUACCGUGGAACUACUUAUCGUGAUAAACAGUUACGAAGAUUCACAUAAAGCAUUAGAAAUUAACCAAAAUGAUGCAUUUACAUUGCAAGCCGUGGAGUAA